UUAAAUUACGGGGGCGGGGCGGCGGAGUGUAUAUAAGGGCGUGUUUGGCAAGCUGCGACAUUCCUGCUCCGUCAUUUACUUCUGCGUAACGGUCGUACAAAGCAAGCUGAUCUUACCAUGAGCUCCGAUGAAGGAAAGCUGUUUGUCGGCGGUCUGAGCUUUGACACCGACGAGCAGAAUCUGGAACAGGUGUUCGGCAAAUAUGGCUCCAUCUCAGAGGUGGUGGUUGUGAAAGACCGUGAAUCCCAGCGAUCAAGAGGAUUUGGAUUUGUCACUUACGAAAGUCCAGAUGAUGCGAAAGACGCCAUGCAAGCUAUGAAUGGGAAAUCUGUGGAUGGGCGCCAGAUUCGUGUGGACCAGGCUGGCAAGUCCUCAGGAGACAGGAGAGGAGGCUACAGAGGUGGCUCAUCUGGAGGAAGAGGAUUUUUCCGUGGUGGCAGAGGACGUGGUGGUGGAGACAGGGGAUAUGGUGGCAGCAGCCGUUUUGAUAACAGGAGUGGAGGUUAUGGUGGUAGUAGUGGAUCCCGGGACUAUUAUGGAAGUGGAAGGAGUCAAGGUGGCUAUGGAGAUCGGUCUGGAGGCUCAUACAGAGACAGCUAUGACAGUUAUGCUACACACAACGAGUAAAAUACCUUCCUGACUCAAGAUCGUCCUUCCAAUGGCUGUAUUUAUAAAGAUUUUUGGAGCUUCGCAGAUCGUUAAUAUGUAGUACUUCUACUUGUGUUCACUUUAAUAAACAUUAAGUAUACCUGACUGCCUCUAACUUUUGUGAAACGGCUGUCCUGUAAGGUUUGACCUGGGACAUGCUUCUAUGUUAAUUUUUAUUUUUUGGUAUACUUUAUUUUAUAAUGUUGCUGUUUUGUAAUGACAGGCAUGUUUUCCCGUCAUUGCUGUUUCAUUGAGGCAAAUAGGUUUAGUUUCCAUUGAGUUACGUGGAGGGGAUCGGCUCCAGCAACAGGUUUAUAUUCAAUAGUGACUAAAACACGGAUUUGUUUGCUGCUGGACUUGAUCUCCUGCAGCAACAGUGUUUAAAAUGCCUGUUGCUGCUGUAUAUAGUGUAAGGGAUAAGGUCCGCAUAUGCCUUUUUUUUUUUUAAUCUUCUAAAUUAUUUUGAAGACAUUCCUUUAGUAUAACAAGGUAGAUCAGAGCCUGAGUGCAAUGUAAAUAGAGGCUAAACCUCUUUGAUAUACGUAAAGCGAACCUCCUGUCCAAUCUCUCCCAUUAACAGUCACAAGAAGUUCUUGAAAAUGUUUGUUUAUAUUGUCCUUUUUUGCCGGAAGAAAUGAGAUUGUAUUGAAGUGGUUACGGAAUUCUUGUAUUCUUUCAUUUUGGCUUCACGAAGCCUAUUAAAAGACCAUCUGAAAAGAAA